UAAAUACCACCCCAUGUCAGAGAUCACUAGCUGGAUGGAACAGAUGGUAAAGGAUCACCCUGAUGUUGUAACCGUGGUGAAUUAUGGAAAGACCUAUGAAAGCAGGGAUAUUAGCUUGCUCAAGAUUGGCCUGAAUACUGGAAAGGAAAAGAAAGCUAUCUGGAUGGACUGUGGAAUACAUGCCAGAGAAUGGAUCGCUCCAGCCUUCUGCCAGUACUUUGUUAGAGAGAUUCUGCAGACAUACAAAACAGAUGCCAAAAUGGAAGAGAUGAUGAAGAACGUGGACUUCUACGUCACUCCAGUGCUCAAUAUAGACGGCUACAUCUACACGUGGGAAAAUGAGACAACUCGACUGUGGAGGAAGAACAGGUCACCAGGUCCUGAGGACUGCAGCUGCUAUGGCACCGAUCUCAACCGCAACUUUGAUGCCAACUGGGGAACCGUUGGGGUAUCAUUUGACUGUUGCUCAAACACCUACCCUGGAACCAAACCGGCAUCUGAGCCUGAGGCCAAGGCUGUAACUGACUUUGUGGGAAGCCGAAAGGACAUCUUCCUGUGUUUCCUCACCAUCCACUCCUACGGCCAGCUGAUCCUGGUUCCCUAUGGACACCCCAACUACACUGCCCCCAAUUAUGAUGAGCUGAUGAUGGUCGGAAAGGGUGCAGCAGAAGCAAUUUGGAAGGUUCAUGGGAUGGACUACACUGUAGGAACCUCGCCUGAUGUACUAUACGCCAACUCUGGUUCAUCCAGAGACUGGGCUCGAAUGCAGGGGAUCCCCUUAACCUUCACCUUUGAGCUCAGAGAUAACGGGACGUACGGCUUCGAGCUUCCUGAAGACCAGAUCCAGCCUACCUGUGAGGAGGCCUACAGCGGGGCUCUGCACAUCGUCACCUACGCCCACGACAAGACCUUUAGCGGUGCUGUAGCCAACGCUGCUGUGACCCUUUGGUCCAUACUGUUAGCAGCGGGUGUCACUGGAGCCACCCUCAUGUGAGGUGGAGAGCUGUUUGAUUUCAGCCACCCUGCUGUAUAAGGCACUCAUAUUUAGUUCUUCACCUCAAAGUCAGAUUUAGAAAAAGGAUAAGCUUUAAAGAUUCAGUAUUUGCUGGAAAGAAAAAGAACAGUUAAUGUAGAA